AUGGUCAAUUACUUUAACGACUUUGCCAGCCUUUGCUUUGAAAGAUUCGGAAAUCGGGUGAAACACUGGAUCACUUUUAACAACCCUUGGUCAGUGGCAGUAGAGGGCUAUGAAACUGGAGAACAUGCUCCAGGCAUUAAGCUCAAAGGCACUGGAGCCUAUAGGGCUGCCCACCACAUCAUCAAGGCACAUGCCAAGGUUUGGCAUACUUACGACAGUCAAUGGCGAAGCAAACAAAAUGGUAUGGUGGGCAUCUCUCUGUCAGGAGACUGGGGAGAGCCAGUGGACAUUACAAACCAGAAGGACAUAGAGGCAGCAGAGAGAUACGUCCAGUUCUACAUGGGCUGGUUCGCUACCCCUAUCUUCCAUGGAGACUACCCUCAAGCCAUGAAGGAGUUCAUAGGCAGGAAAAGUGCCCAGCUGGGGAUGGGAACGUCUCGACUGCCCACAUUUUCAUCGCAGGAAAAGAGUUACAUCAAAGGCACAUGUGACUUCCUGGGAGUAGGGCACUUUACCACCCGCUACAUCACCCAUAAGACACACCCUGUUGCUCAGCCCAGCUGCUAUUUUAAGGACAGAGACCUGGCUGAGCUGGUGGAUCCACAAUGGCCUGAUCCUGGUUCAGAAUGGCUCUACUCUGUACCGUGGGGCUUCCGUCGUUUGCUUAAUUUCAUCAAGACUCAGUAUGGGAACCCAAUGAUCUACAUCACUGAAAAUGGGGUUUCUGAAAAGAUGAUGUGCCCAGAGCUGUGUGAUGACUGGAGAAUACAGUAUUUCAAAGACUACAUCAAUGAGAUGCUGAAAGAUCCCUUGAGCAGCCAUAUGGAGAUGGUGACUGAGAUUGUCGUGCCCACUGUGUGCACCCUUGGCAUUCUGAUCAGUGCAGUUUUUCUCAUGUUUCUCUUUAGGAGACACAACUAG